AGGCCAUAUUGUAUUGUGACAUAGCAAAAGCCAACAAGCCCCUUGACAAAAGAAUCUCCCUUUUCCCUUUUCUUUGUGGCCUAGAGAGCAACGACUCUUUCCUUCAAAAACUGCCAAUAUGUUAAGCACCCCCACUCUUGAAAUCCUCGCUCUUGACCCCCUUUCUCUCUAAUAUAUUGCUUUCCUUUUUUGUUGAGAGAAAGGGAGAAGGAAGGAGAGAGAUGGAGGAAGAGAAUUACAAGAAGCAGGCUGAAGAGUGGCAAUAUCAAAGCAUGCCGAUGAAGUCUCCAGAAAUAGUGGAGAUUGGAGAGGAUAGCAAGAGUUUUACAAGCAGCAGAGAGGGAGGCUUUAAGGAUGUGUAUGUGGCAGUUGGCAGGGAUGACUUGGAUGUUCUGAAAUGGGCUUUAGAUCACUCUGUUUCUCCCCAAGCUCGGAUUUUCCUUGUUCAUGUCUUCCCUCCCCAAACAUACAUCUCUACACCUGUUGGAAGACUGUCUAGAAGCCAAUUGAGCAAAGAACAGCUGAAAGUUUAUAUCAAUGAGGAGAAUAACAGGAGGCGAAAUCUCUUGCAGAAAUACAUUCGAUUGUGUACUGAUGCCAAGGUGACUGUGGACACAAUGCUUCUAGAGAGCAACACGACAACCAAAGCAAUUCUUGAUCUUAUUCCUGUCCUAAACAUUACCAACCUUGUUAUAGGAACCAAAAGGCCGCCUUGCCCAAGGCGAUCCUGGAAAAAACUGGGAACGGGAGAGUUCAUCCAGAAGAAUGCACCUGAAUUUUGUGAGGUCACCAUUGUUUUUGAUGGAAAGAAGGUUCUGGACGGUGAGCAGAUAGGAGAGCUGGUUCAUUCAUCUCCAGCAUCCAGUCACCGUAAACCAGAAACUACUCGAAACUCUGAAAGGAAUUUCUUUGAGUGUGCUUGCUUUUCAGGCAAGUUCAACUGAAAAUUGUUACUCGAAAAUGCAUAUCUUGAUGUUGUAAAAAACACAGUUCAAAAGAAUAAUACAGUUUACAGAAGCAACAACAUAUCACACAGGAGUCCUCACCAUUUACCAGAUGCAGAAAGGGAAGGCAAAGCCAUCUCAAGAGGCUCAAAGACACGAGUGCCUCUGCUAAUGACCUGCAUGAAAACCAUAAGUAGACGUAACUUUAAACCAUCACACUGAGCUGGUGAGAAUGAAAGCUCAUCAUGAUGUAAACAGAACGGAAGCCAGAACUGUUUCUGUUAGUAAUUUGCAACACCCCAAUAUAUGUGGAUCAACGGAACAUGAAAACCCAACUGCAGUAUCAAUGAAGGGUGAUUUCAGUCCUGAUGGUUGGUGGUUGAUCAGAACUUGGAAGUGAUCGAUAACUGGUGCAAGAGUCCCAUUAAUCUCAUGAGAAAAUAAAUCUUCUCUGAACGAUUCUUAGUUGACAUUGUGAUACUAACAUCAGUGUUUUCUGUGAUGGUUCUACCUUUCCCAGAAACUCUUCCCAGAAAAAAUCAUUCAAAGGGGGGACUUCAGGAUUUGUGAAACCAAAAUAAUUCCUUAAUUUUUGGCAUGGUUUUUUAAAUGAGCCUAACAUAUUUUCUGCA